AUGCCCGAUAAUCAAGUUUUGGGAUACCCCCAACGUUUUGAAGUUUUAACAGCGAGGUGUAAAUGUGUGAUCAGUGAUAGGUGCGUGUUAGCCAAAGGUGCUUGCGAGAUCGGCGGCGACGGGCGGCGCGGCUGGCGCGAUAAAUGCAGGCAGGGCGGCCUGCCCGCCGCCACCGCCGCCACAUCCUUGGCGAGUUCCUCCUCCGCCUCCUCGUCCUACUGGCUUAGACUUAACCAGCGCGACGUUCAAUCGUCAAUCGUCAAAACAAGAAGUCCCGCC